AACAAAUCGUCCUCCUCCAGCUUCUUCUAGUUCCAUCGACAAUCUUCCAUCAUCUUCUCUCCUUUCCCAAUAAAUCAGCGAAUCACUCGUUCUCUCUCCAUCGUCGAUCGCUCAGGCAGUCACAGAAGAAGAAGAAGAAGAUCACUCUCUCUGUCGCUGUCUUUUGUUCGUCGAAGCGCCGUUUUAGAAACCCAAUCCGGUUACGCAGCAACAAGAAGGGAAAAGAGGCAGGGGAAGUGUGAAAGGAGUUGACAGGAAAAUGGAGUUACUGAUGAUGGAGCAGCCGAUAUCGUCGGCGCUGCACGACCUGCUGAGCCUCCCGGACGAGAUGGAGAAGCUGCUGCACGCGCCCACCCGCAGAUACGUGCGCGACACGAAGGCCAUGGCCUCCACGCCUGCCGACGUCAUGGAGUACCCUACCUCCUACCACUUCGUCCUCGACAUGCCGGGCCUCAAGCCCGGGGACAUCAAGGUCCAGGUCGAGGAGGGCAACGUCCUCACCGUCAGCGGCGAAAGAAAAAGGGAAGAACGGCAGAAGCGGGACAAGGAGGAGGCGGAGGUCAAGUAUCUGAGGAUGGAGCGUAGGGUGGGGAAGUUCUUGAGGAGGUUCAACCUGCCGAAGAACGCCGACGUCGACGCCAUCUCCGCCGCCUACGAGGACGGCGUGCUCACGGUCACGGUGCAGAAGGUGCCGCCCCCUGAGCCCAAGAAGCCCAAGACCAUCGAGAUCAAGGUGGCUUGAGAAAUCGCCCCUUUUAUCUCUCUCUCUCUCUCUGUCUGUGGGGCUUUUGCCCAGUGGUUGUAUGCUGUAAAGCUCUUUGUAGUGAAUUUUUCAGAACAUUCAGAGAA